UGUAAGGUUUAGUAACAAAUCUGCAGUAGUGGAAAAUCAUGAUGAAUCUGCUUCUUUCUCUGACUCUCAUCUGGGCUCUCUCCAGCACAACUGCAGCUCUUGUGUGUCAGACUUGCACAGAUGAAUCAUGUACAAGCACCGUGCCACUAACAUGUUCCACGGAGACAAUGUGUAUAACUGCCGCCAUUGAAGCCGUUUCAUCUGGAACUCCUGGACAACAAAUCUUCAAGGCGUGUGCGUCGUCCUCCCUUUGUCCAGCCACAGGAUCUCAGAUAUUUUCAGUCAACUUGGGUGUUUCGAGUGCACUUGCAUCUACUACAUGCUGCAACACAGAUAACUGCAACUCAGCCACUCUAUCAUUCCCCACCACUCCAUCAGUCAACAGCCUCCAGUGUUAUUCAUGUGACCCUGUCACAUCACAAUGCACCACUUCAGUACAGUGUACGGGAACACAAGAUCGCUGCUUUCAAUCAAGUGUGACAAAUGGGGCCUCCACUUCUCCUGCCUUUGGUUGUGCCUCUACAAACAUGUGUGCUGCUGCUGGUAGCUUGGGGACACUACCUUUUAUGCAAAAUGUUGGCAGCAUUAGCAGUGGACCAACUUGUUGUGAGACAAAUCUAUGUAACACUGUCACAACAACUGCUAGCCCAACUACAACUGCUGCCCCAACUACAACUGCUGCUCCAACUACAACUGCUGCCCCAACUACAACUGCUGCUCCAACUACAACUGCUGCUCCAACUACAACUGCUGUUCCAGCAACUGCAACUGCUUCCCCAACAGUUGCUAUCCCAACUACAACAGGAACAUCCAACUUAGCGACACAAAACAACCCGACUACAACUACAACUACAACUACCUCCAGUUCUGCUUAUUGUAUCAGACUGGGUACGAUCCAUCUUCUGCUAGGACUUGUUUUAUUUACCCUCUUUUAG